AUGGUCAUGCUGUCAUGGGGCUCUGUCAUGAAACUAAACCGCAUGCAGCAGGGUAGAUCUGCCAACCUGCUGCACAGCACAACCUCUCAGUCACCUCUCAGCAUGCUGGAAGAAGAUGAUCUUUAUUUUUAUUAUGAUUAUAACUCCACUGAGAAUGACACAUCUGACCAGGCAUGUGUCUACUCAGACCUACAUGGAUCCCAUAUUUUCCUGCCCAUUUUGUAUUACCUGAUAUUCUUUACUGGAUUCUGGGGCAACAUCUUUGUGAUCACUGUGGUCGGGAGCAAAGGCAAAAAAGGAGGUCGCCUGGUGGACACCUUCGUCUUGAACCUGGCUGUGGCCGACCUGGUCUUCGUCCUCACGCUGCCUCUGUGGGCAAUCUCUGCCAGCCAGAACAACUGCUGGGACUUUGGGACUGUCAGUGAACUUCUGUGCAAGCUGAGCAGUUAUAUAAUCUCUGUGAACCGCUUCUCCAACAUCUUCUUUCUCACAUGCAUGAGCAUUGACCGCUACCUAGCUAUAGUGAGGAUGAUGGAUUCAAGGUACCUAAGGAGUAGUCAGUGCAUUCGCAUCACUUGUGUUGCCCUCUGGAUAGCUUCCCUUGUCCUUGGAAUUCCCUCUGUGGUCUACCGAAACUUGGUGCCUUUUGAAGGUGGUCAGGCCUGCCAGGAAGAUGACAGUUCAAAGUUCUUCCAGGGCAUGAAUCUGGCCAUGGCAUUCCUUACAUUUGUCUCCCCAGUGCUGAUCAUUGUGCUCUGCUACGGAACAAUCAUCAUGCACCUCAACAGGCACCGUGUUGCUGCUGGGAACACUCGAGCCGAGGCUCGCCGCAGACACUCCCUGAAGAUGGUCCUCUGCAUCAUCGUGGCGUUCGUGGUGUCCUGGUUACCCUACAACACUUUCAAGUCCAUCAGAAUCAUUUCUCAUUUCGCAGACGCCAGUCUGAGCUGUAAAACCUCAGUAUGGCUGAGCAACGGGUACCUCAUCUCCUGCUGCCUGGCUUUCUUCAACAGCUGCAUGAACCCUGCCAUCUACUUUUUCCUGGACCACUACUUUAGGCGACGGGCACAGUCCCUGUUCCAGAGCUGCAUCGGGAAGACAAAGCUGCUGCAGAGCUUCAACUCCUCAGCUUCGUUCACCAACCCUGGCACUUCUGAGAGCUAUGCAACAAGUGGUGGGCGAACACAGCUUCAGAUGUCCCUGUAGCAGGAUUAGCUCAUUCUCUUCUAUAACUCUGUCGGUGGUAAAGUCUUUGUUUUACACUUCCCUUAAAAUCUAUUUUUAAAACUGCUGUUUUUCUUUAGACGUCCUUUUUACAAAAUACGUUGUUUAUACUGCUUAUGGUGGAAAGUAGUGCAGAACAUGGCUGUUUGUGUGUUUUAUUUUUAAUGCAACAGUAAUUACAUCAUAAGAUUUGUUUUGAAUUAUCAGCAUUUCUAUAUUUUUUUUAUGUUGUUGUAAUUUUGUAGUUUCAAACAUUCAUUUUUAUGUAUAA